UUGCACGUCCUCGCUGUUGUCGUUCCCUCUCACUGUCCUCAAUUCUCCUCACAUCUUCCACAGACCGUUACACGAAACAACCCUUUCUCUAACUCAAUUCCUCAUCUACACUCUUCCUCUCCCCCUUUAUCAUCACAAUGUCUGCCAGAAAGCUGAAGGUUGGCUGUGCCGGUCUGGGCCGCAUGGGCAAGCGUCACGCCCUCAACUUCUUGCAGCGUACUCCCCAUGCAGACCUUGUCGCCGUCAGCACUCCGGACGACUCGGAACUGGAAUGGGCCAAGGUCAACCUUGCUCCGUACGGAGUCACGGCAUACAAAAACUACGAGGACAUGCUGAAGCACGAAGGCUUGGAGGCCGUCGUCGUUGCGUCCGCGACCGCCGUGCACGCUGAACAGGCCAUUAAGGCUAUUGAGGCUGGCAAGAACGUUCUCUGCGAGAAACCCUUGUCGACCAGUGUCGAGAUCUCCCAAACCGUCCUCGACGCAGCAGCCAAGAAGCCCGAACUCAAAGUAAUGUGCGGUUUCUCCCGUCGCUUCGAUGCCUCCUACCGUGACGCAUUCAACAAGAUGUCCGCUGGUGGAAUUGGUGCUCCCGCCGUCAUGCGCAGUCAGACCUGCGACAAGCUGGACCCCACCGGGUUCUUCGUCGCCUACGCCGAGUUCUCGGGUGGUAUCUUCGUGGACUGCUCCAUCCACGAUAUCGACCUGGCUCUGUGGUUCUUCGGCCAAGACAGCAAGGUCAAGUCUGUGUCCGCGGUGGGUAUCACCGCCGUUGAGCCCGACCUGCGCAAGCAUAACGACCGGGACAACGCCGUCGGUUUGGUGGAGUUCCACAACGGCAAGAUCGCCUACUUCUACGCCUCGCGCAUGAUGGCAGCCGGCCAGGAAGACACCACCGAAAUUAUCGGCACCAAGGGUAAGCUGGCCGUUAACACCCAGCCUGCCCUGAACCUGGUCAACAUCUUCGACGAGAACGGUGUCCGUCGCGAGAUCCCCCAGCACUACUACGACCGCUUCGAGUAUGCGUUCGUCACUGAGGCGAAUGAAUUCACGGCCUGCUGUCUCGAGAAUACCCCUGUCCCUCUGAAGCUCGAGGGCGCCGUCCAGGCAGUCCGCAUCGGCGCUGCCCUUCAAGAAUCGCUGAUCACGGGCGAGAAGAUCUUCUUCGACGAGGCUGGUCAGCGUAUUCCCAAGGCAAGACUUUAAAGAUAUGAUAGACACGAUAGAUUCCUGUUAUGACUAGUUUUUUCCUCAUGUUAAUGAAAAGCGCGAUCGCUGUUCUUGUUUAAGCACCAUCUCAUCAUAGUACGUCAAAACUAAGCUGUAGCAUUGCGUAUAUAAAAGCAAGUGAAACCCCAUAGCAGCAACAUCCACCCGUCUCCAACUGACACCACCUCAUCUACUAUCUAGAUACAAUCUCACUACACAGAAAUCCAUCUAAUCAUACAAACUAUACCCAGCUCCAUCUCGCCUACUACGUAAGUAGUAGCUAAAUCACUAACAGCUAAACUAACUAAAAGUUAGCUACAUAUGACCUGCAAGCCCCAACCCCACCUACC